UCUUUAUCUAGAAAGAACUUAGACCAAAAUGUAGUGCUUUUAAAACAACACACCCCUUCUUCAAAGACUCUCCCUUCUUAAUUACCCAAAGCCCACCAAACUCCCCACAUAUUUCUUUUGUUUCGUUAACGUUUUCUCUUACGCAACAUUUCUCUCUUUCCCUUUUCCUUUUUCUCUCAUUUCACCUUUCCCAAUUUAUCAACAAUCUUCAUCAUCCUUUUCAAUUCUUCUUCUUCAUCACUUUAAUUCUUUUCUUCUUUUUCUCUAAUUCAUUAUUACUUAUAUAUCUUCUUUCAAAUUCAAACUUGUAAAUUGUAAUUAAUUUUAAUUUACAUAAUUCAAAAGUGAAGAAAAAAAAUUGGUGGUUUAUGAUAUGACGUCGAUGAACGAAGCAUCACCGGAAAAAUUGGCGGUUAAUGGAGUAGCGAUGAGUUUUCCGGUGAAUGAUUGUUGUUCUUCACCGACUUCUUUAUCACCGUCGAAGCUUCCUCGGAGACUUCGCCGUCGACUUUCCGAGUGUAAAACUCCUUCUAGUGCCGAAGAAAUUGAUGCUAAGCUCAAAGAAGCCGAUCUCCGUCGUCAGCAAUUCCACGAAUUUUUAUCAAGCAAAGCAAGGCCAAAGCAGAGGAGCCCAUCAUGGUCAUCUUCACAAGAUUUGGAUCUUGGUCAGAGACUUGAAGCUAAGCUUAAUGCAGCAGAGCAGAAAAGAUUGAGCAUUCUUUCAAAGGCUCAGAUGCGAUUGGCUAGGUUGGGUGAGCUGCGACAAGCGGCUAAAAGUGAGGUAGAAAUGCGCGUUGAGAAAGAACGUGGGGAAUUGGGUAUGAAGGUUGAAUCACGGGUUCAGCAAGCAGAGGCAAAUAGAAUGCUUAUCUUGAAAUCUCGUAGACAGCGGAGGGCUGCAAGAAAAGAGCGGACGGCUCAAUCCUUAACGCGAAGGAUGCUACAGGAAAGCAGAUACAAAGAGUGUGUGCGUGCUGCUAUACACCAGAAGCGUGCUGCAGCAGAGAGGAAGCGACUGGGAUUAUUGGAAGCUGAAAGAUUAAAGGCACAUGCUAGGUUGGUGCGAGUGCAGAGAGCGGCUGAUUCCGUUUAUACUCAACGGGAAAUGGAGAGAAUGAAAAAGAAAGAGCAGCUGGAGGAUCGGUUGCAAAGGGCUAGAAGACAGCGAGCUGAAUUUUUGAGGCAGAGAAAGAGUAACAAUGGCUCUUCUCAUGGCAAUUGUAAUGCCAUGCAUGAUCAGGCUUUAAAUCUCGCCAGAAAGUUAUCUAGGUGCUGGAGACAGUUUGUUAAGUUGAGAGGAACAACACGUUCCUUGGCAAAAGCUUUUGAGGUUUUGAGUAUCAAUGAGAAAUCAGUCAAGUCAAUGCCUUUUGAGCAGCUUGCAGUCCUGAUUGAGUCAGAUUCAACUUUGAAGACAGUGAAAGCUUUGCUUGACCAGCUUGAAGUCCGUCUCAGGGCUCGACAGGGAACCAGUGGUUCAUGUCGUCUGGAAAACAUUGAUCACCUGCUCAAACGUGUUGCUAUUCCAAAGCGCAGGCAUAAUGUAAGCAAUGCAUCUAAGACUAGAGGUCAAAAAAGAGCUGGGUCUGGGGGAGAGGGACUUCAGAGUCGACGUAAAAUGUCAAGAUAUCCUGUGAGGAUUGUCCUUUGUGCCUAUAUGAUACUUGGACACCCUGAUGCUGUCCUCAGUGGUAAAGGAGCGCAUGAGAUAGCCCUUGCCGAGGCUGCUGUGAAGUUUAUUCAGGAAUUUGAGUUAUUGAUCAAGAUAUUACUAGAAGGUUUCUGUGUAAAAUCAGCUUCGGGGGACAAUUGUACUUUCAGAUCGCAGCUCGAGAAAUUUGAUAAAGCAUGGUGCUCGUAUUUGUAUUGCUUUGUGGUAUGGAAGGUAAAGGACGCCAAAUUACUAGAGGAUGAUUUGGUGAGGGCUGCAUGUCAGCUGGAGCUCUCUAUGAUGCAUACUUGUAAGCUUACUCCUGAGGGAGACAACGGAGGUCUUACCCAUGACAUGAAGGCUAUUCAGAAGCAGGUGAUGGAAGAUCAAACACUUCUUAAGGCGAAAGUACAAAAUCUUAGUGGUGAUGUUGGCAUUGAACGGAUGGAGAAUGCUAUUUCUGAUGCACGGAUCAAAUUCUUUGAAUCGAAGGAUACUGGGAGUCCUUUUACAUCCCCAGUUGCUCACAUAUCAUCUCCUGGUUCAUCUUGUUCAUCAGACGACUCUCCAUCAACAGUCUCUGGUGAAGCAAGCAGCACGGUUGGUGUUAGUGGAAGAUUGAGCGGUGUGGCACGGUCAUUGUUCAAGGAAGUUGAUGCCACUGUAGGCCAAGUGCUUACAUGUCCAUCGGAGGCACAUUCAGCCGAUGCCCAAAUAAGCGGUGGCAUGAUGCCAAUCACUGAGAACGAACUCUUAGUUAAUGAGAUUGUCCAUGAACAUCGUCAUGGUUUUGCUGAUAAGCUUUACUUAGAUGAAGACGAUGAAAGUGGUGUUAAGGCAAAAAUCAAAGAGACAAUGGAGAAAGCAUUUUGGGAUGGAAUCAUGGAAUCCAUGAAGCAGGAGCAGCCUGACUACAGUUGGGUUCUUAAACUAAUGACAGAAGUCAGGGAUGAAUUAUGUGAGAUGUCUCCCAGAAGCUGGCGACAAGAAAUUACAGAUGUGAUUGACAUAGAAAUCCUUUCACAGGUUUUGAGAAGUGGAACGUUGGAUAUGAAUUACCUGGAAAAAUUACUGGGUUAUGCACUGAUGACCCUUCAAAAGCUGUCAGCCCCAGCAAAUGAUGAUAAGAUGAAAGCUUCUUACCUGAACUUACUGAAAGAACUGAGUUUAGUCUCACAAUCUGGAGAUAAUACAAAUUCUUCUUUUGCCAUAGCAGUUAUCAAGGGUCUUCGUUUUAUCUUAAAUGAAAUUCAGCAUUUGAAGAAAGAGAUAAGUAGAGCACGCAUCAGAAUGAUUGAGCCAAUGAUCAAAGGGCCUGCUGGGCUGGACUAUUUGCAAAAGGCUUUUACAGAACGAUAUGGACCCCCUUCUGAUUCCUCUACUUCUUUACCUGUGACAAAGAGUUGGCUAAAUUUGGUGCGUACUGAUGUGGAUCAGGAAUGGGAUGAACAUCUGGAUGCACUGUCGACAUUGCCAGAUACUCGGGAGACUUCUUCCCAAGGGGAGGCCCCAACCACCCUUCGGACAGGAGGAAGUGUAACGUUAGGACGACACUCUGUAGAACCCACCAGUGUUGGUAGUGAGCAACCGGAGUGCAGAGGGGAAAAGACAGAUAUGUUUCUCAGGCUAGGUCUAUUGAAGUUGGUUCGUGAGAUUGAUGGAUUAGUCCAAGAGUCUCUGCCCGAGACUUUAAAACUUAAUGUAUCUAGAUUGAGAGCAGUUCAAUCUCAAUUGCAGAAGAUCAUUGUUAUUUCCACAAGUAUGCUGGUUCUCCGACAAGCCCUUCUUAGUGAACACUUGGUAACAAACCCAUCAGACAUGGAUAAUGUGAUCACUCAAUCUACAAAACAGCUUUCAGAGUUGCUCGAUAAGGUGGAAGACGUGGGCAUUACUGAAAUCGUUGAAGCAAUUAUUGGGCUCUCUGAUAACGUAAAUCAUGCUGUCAACUUAGAAAAACUGAGAGCAAGGAUGGGGGUCGUGGCUAACAUGCUCUCAAAGAGCUUGAAAUCUGGGGACGCAAUUUUCACACACGUCUCCCGAGCUGUUUACCUGGCAGUAAGAGCCACUGUGCUCGGUGGGACUAAAAGCAAGGGCCGACAAUUAGCAGAAAUGGCGCUUCGUCGCGUGGGCGCAUCACUUCUUAUUGAUAAGGUAGUAGAAAUUUCGGAAGUUCUUAUUGUGGUGGCAACUGUUUCUGCCACUGUACAUGGACCAUGGUACGAGCAGCUGCUGAAGAAUAUGUAAUAAUAAUCAGGUAAAUCUAGUAGGGAGUGGUUUUAACAUAUUCCCAUAUAUUAGUAUUUUAAUUCAAUGUAUAUAUGUUGUAAAUAUAAUUAUGCUUAGCAAGUAAGACAUAAUUAGCAAUUAAGGUAAUUUAGUCGGAUAAUUAUCAAUGGACUUAAUAACGCCCUUAAUUAUGUUGUAAUUUGUAAAUAACAAUUGGCACUUUAAAGUCUAUGAAAUGUUGUUAUUAUCUA